AUGGGAAAUGCCAAUUCGAGCGACUUUUUUAUUCGUAUGGCGUUGGAUAUGCUUCAAAAUUCUAAAGAAAGUCGUAGAAGCGAGCCACUUAAAGCAGCCAUCAGAACCGCCAUGAACGCGCUGGAUAAUGCAGAAACUCAGCAAGCACCUAUAUCCAUAUUCAAGCCAUUUCAGAUUGCAUGUGAAUCUGGAAAUGCAGAGUUGGCUACUAUAGCCAUUGACUGUAUGGGGAAAUUAUUUACCUACAACUAUUGGGGUCGAGUAAGUGAAGAGUUUGAGCCUACAAUGAAGGAUGGGUUCCAGGCUAACAUGAUUUCUUUUGUGAUUAGCACAAUCUGUAAUGCGUUUGCUGGUGAAAGCACAGAUGAAAAGGUUCAACUUCAAAUCAUCAAGGCACUUCAAGCUGCCUUGUCAACUACAAACUCUGCAUAUACCCUGCAUGGCGCAAUUCUUUUAAAAGCCAUUAGAACCACGUACAAUGUAUUUUUGUUGUCAAAAUCUCAAGAUGUUCAAACUGUUGCUCAAGGCACAGUCACCCAAAUGAUCCAAAGUGUGUUUAGUCGUGUUCCCCGUCCACCUGGAAGUCAAUCCCCAGUCACCCAACAUAGAAAAUCAGGUUUAUCAUCUUCUUCGUCCAAGGACUUUUCAGAUCGCUCAAAACAGCUAUCCACAAAGCCUCCCACUUCUAGAGUGCCAGAUUCUGUCGAUUUGUUGGCAGGAUCGGAAAGCGUUGAUGUGACUGUGACUGUGACAUGUGAUGAAUCGUCACUACAGGAGUUAUCUAGCAAUCCUACUAUUUCUGUAUACAGUAGUACCCCAGACAUUAGCAAAAAGUCGCCCAAUCUAACAGGAUCUCAUACAAGAAAAGAAACAGCAACAAUUACAGAUAACGUGCUUCCAUCGACUCCAUUUGGAAAUCAAUCUUUAAAAGAUGCCUUUAAAGUCCUUCGAACAUUAUGCAUUCUCAGUAUGAAGCCUAUUCCAUCUCAAGAAGGAUCAAUGGAUUUACGAUCUCAACCCGUCCGAUCUAAACUUUUGGCACUGCAUCUCAUUAAUGCCGUUCUAGGAUCACACACUUAUGUUUUCAGCACCAUCUCCAGCAUUGCAUUUAAUUCUAAAGAUCUAAACAAAGAAGUAGAUCCAAUGACAUUCACAGAAGCAGUUAAAGAGUUUUUGAUCUUAUCAUUGAGUCGAAAUGCCACAAGUGUUAUCCUUCCAGUGUUUGAAGUGUCAAUGGAAAUCUUUGGUAAAUUGAUGUUGCAUAGUCGUGCUGGUCUCAAGCGUGAAAUUUCAGUAUUUUUUACCGAGAUCAUCAUUCCAAUUCUUGAUUCAAAAAAGAACAUUCCAUGGUAUCAACGUUACACUCUACUCAAAUGUUUACAAAAAAUAUUCGGCGACUCGAAUGCUGAAGGUGGACGCAUGUUGGUUGAAAUCUAUCUCAACUAUGAUUGCGAUCUUGAAGCUACAGCAAAAGAAAAUAUCUGGGAACGAUUGAUUUCGGCAUUGGCUAAAAUAGCCUCUCAGCCAAUUGAUGGCUCGACUCAGCCACCACUUACUCCACUUUUUACAUCCUGCUACGUAAAUGUUAUUCCCGGUUCUGCUCCAGCACUGACCACAAAUAAUUUAGUGGCAUUGUCCCGAGAUCAAGUACGAGAUAUCUACUCUGCUGUAGGAGAUACUCGUGAGUUGAAAAAACGAGGUCUAGAAUUGAUUUCUCGAGGUAUUCUGGGUCCUUUAGUUAAAUGGUGCCAGCUACGUACUGAAAAAUUGCAGCAAAAUCUGGAUGAUCAAGACAAGAAAAAAUCAAACGAUACAGACGACGGAUUAUUUGGAGUUGGCGGUCUACGUCUUAUCACUGAAGGUGAUGAAGAAAAGCAAAUGAGUAGAAUUGGUUCUAUUCGAGCUGAAGAUGAUCCUACUGCGUUUGAAAAUCUCAAGCAUCGUAAACAAGUCAUGAUUGAAGGCAUCAAGCGAUUCAAUUCUAAGCCCAAAAAGGGUAUGCAAUUUUUACUCGACUCCAACUGUAUUUCAACUCGCACACCACGAGAUAUUGCUCGAUUUUUACUCACCGCUGAAGGGUUGAGCAAAGGAAUGAUUGGUGAAUUUCUUGGCGAGGGUGACGAUGAAAACAUUGCCAUUAUGCAUGCAUUUGUCGACGAAAUGGAGUUUACAAAUCUUGGGUUUGUUGAAGCACUCCGCACGUUUUUACAAAGUUUCCGUCUUCCUGGUGAAUCUCAAAAAAUCGAUCGGUUCAUGCUGAAAUUUGCAGAACGGUAUCUUAAAGGCAAUCCCAAAGCAUUUUCGAGUGCAGACACCGCAUAUGUGCUUGCGUAUUCAGUGAUCAUGCUCAACACUGACCAGCACAAUGCACAGGUCAAGCGAAAGAUGACAAAAGCUGAUUUUUUGAAAAACAAUCGAGGCAUUGAUGAAGGAAAAGACCUUUCGAUCAAUGUACUUGAACAAAUUUUUGAUGAAAUCAAUGCCAAUGAGAUUGUCAUGAAAGACGAGGUGGCAUCAAAAUCAAAAGAAGCAGCUAAACUGGCCAAACCAAAUACACUCGGGUUACCUGUUGAUGUAGACAACCUUCUUUUUGGAAAACCCAGAAAAAGUGACGGUCAACCAGGAAUUAGUAAAACAACUGAAAACAUGGCACUUAAAACAGAGGCAAUAUUUACAAAUAUGCGAAGCAAAACAGCUACCGCUCGAUCUCCAACCAAAAACGAGAUGGGUACUUGCGAAACCAAAGGUGUUUCGCGUAAUCGACCUACUUCAUUUUACUCUGCAAGCCACUACGAACAUGUAAAACCCAUGUUCCAGCUUAUAUGGAUGUCUAUUCUUACAGCAAUAAGCUCUCCACUUCAAGAAACAGACGGUAUUGAUACAAUUGCAAUUUCUUUAGAAGGGUUUAGAUCAGCUGUGCAUAUUGCAUACUUGUUUGAAAUGGAUCUAGAAGCCAAGGCUUUUGUUUCAACACUGGGAAAAUUCACCAUUCUCAAUAACAUUCAAGAAAUGCGAGCUAAAAAUUUUGAAGCGAUCCGUGCCCUGCUAGAUAUUGCUUACAUGCAAGGCAACUCUUUAAAGGACUCAUGGAGUGUUGUUGUUUUAUGUAUCAGUCAAUUAGAAAAACUUCAAAUUGUAGGCGGAGUGGCUGCUGAAGAUGCGUCUCGCACUCGAGGUGUGUCUGAACGAUCAACAACAAAAGGAAACUCUUCAUCUCGAGUAUCUGGACGCGGUGGUGUACUUGAUGAUGUAGCUGCAGAAGCCAGUUCUCAAACAAUGGCAUUAUCGGUAGAUCGCAUAUUCACCGCAAGUGCAAAAUUGUCGGGUUCUGCCAUUCUCGACUUUGUUCGAGCACUAUGUGAAAGUUCGUGGGAUGAAAUCAAGUCCAGUUCUGAUCGUGAACAUCCACGCAUGUACUGCUUACAAAGACUUGUGGAGAUUUCAUACUACAAUAUGCGUCGUAUUCGUGUUGAGUGGUCCAACAUUUGGGCCAUUCUUGGAAUUCAUUUUAAUCAAGUUGGUAGUUAUCCAAACACUAAUGUUGCGUUUUUUGCUGUCGAUAAACUCAGACAGCUGGCCAUGAAGUUUUUGGAAUUAGAAGAGCUGCCCAAUUUCAAGUUCCAAAAGGAUUUUUUGCGACCAUUUGAAGAGAUUUUACGCAGCAAUGUUGACAUCAAAGUCAAGGACAUGUGCUUGGCAUGCAUUCAGCAAAUAGUGACGGCCAAAUCAAAGAAUCUGAUGAGUGGCUGGAAAAUGCUGUUUGGUGCUCUUCUUCGUCCAUCUCGUGAUACCAAUGAGCCGCUCGUCACACAAGCAUUUGAAAUCAUCAAAGUGAUAUACAAGACAAGUUUUGAAAAUGCUUUGGCGAAUUCAGCUUAUCCAGAGUUUGUUGCGUGUGUCGUCGAAUUUUGUAAAAAUGCCAAAUUUGUAAGAAUUAGUUUGAGUGCAGUAGAACUAUUGCGUCAGUCUAUUGGCCGAGUUGUUGAGAUACUGUCCAAACAAGAUCGUAUUAAUACAGGGAAAAACACGAUUGCAACUCCAUUGCAUCUUGAGGAAUUGACUUCUCCAGAACGUUAUUGGAUGCCGGUGUUAUUUGGCUUACAAGAUGUUAUCAUGACUUCCGAGUUGGAAGUUCGAUCCAAAGGGUUGCAGUAUUUGUUUGAGGUGCUGCGUGCUCAUGGGGAUACGUUUAGUUGUGAAUUCUGGACUCUGUUGGCAAAAGGAGUGCUAUUCCCAAUCUUUGACGAUCUCAAGCAUUCCGGAUCCACAAGCCUUGCCAAUUCAAAAUUUGCCAACAAGGAGGAAAUGAGCAUUUGGCUAUCAACAACUUUGAUUCAAGCACUUCGACAACUUGUGGAUUUGUUUUCACUCCAUUUUGAUAGUUUGCAAUUUAUUCUUGGUAGUAUGCUCGACAUUCUUCGAACGUGUUUGACCCAUGAAAACGAAGCACUGUCAAGAAUCGGUUCUGCUUGUUUAACUCAACUUAUUGAACACAACGCUGCUCGAUUCAACACCGAGCAAUGGAACAGCAUUGUUGAAUCGUUUGAAAGUCUGUGUCAUGAAACCACGCCGUAUUUUUUGUUUUUUAAUGUGGAAGCUACUCGUGAUUCUGAUGGCCAACAAUUAUCUGAUGAGAUCAAUCCCGCUGAUCUGGAUCCAGAUUUGGCUUUUCUUAAACAACCGUUUGGUCCAGCACCAGAAAAAGUUGAAUUUCAGCGACAACUUAGCAACUGCGUUUUGCAUCUACUUAUUAUUCAAACACUCAAUGACACCAUGCUUUCUGGAUCAAAUGAUGUGGUAUAUAAGGCUUUGGCUGCAGAUCAUUUGUUUAGACUUUUGGACUGUUUUGAACAGAGUUUUCGAUUUGCCAGAGCAUUCAAUAGAUAUACGAGUCUGAGGGUAGCACUGUAUCGUCUUGGCUAUAUGAAGCAGAUGCCCAACUUGUUAAAACAAGAGACGCUAAGUGUAACUGCGUAUAUUCGGUGCAUGACCAAGAUUUUGUUGGAUCAAUCACCAGAUAAAUUGUUGUUGAGAGAACAAUCUGAAAAAAAGCUUAUUCCAUUAUGCAUCCAAGUGCUAUUACAUUAUAAUUCAUUUGAUGGAGAGGCAAAACGGCGUAAUUUGAAUUCAUGGAAACCAGUAAUUGCCAUGAUCCUCAAUACUGUGGUGGAUUUAGACAAUUCUCAAUUCAGUCGACAUAUCAAACAAUUCUACACUCAUGUAACAAAUUUAUUAUUGCAUGAUAUGGGACCAGAGUUCCGAUUGGUGCUGCAUUCGAUUUUCAUAAGAACUGGCACCACGUUUGCAAUUACAUCAGAUGAAACGUUUGUUGCUCCAACUACUGAAAACUCUAUUUUGGCUACAGAGUCUGUAUCAGAAAAAGAAGAUUUACUACCUGAAGGAGGAAAUGAUAUUGGAAGCUCUACUCUAGAAUCAUAAGUAAACUUAUCGCUAUAAAUAUGAUUUAUAUAGCUCACAGUGCAAGGAGAGAAUAAAAUACAAUACAGU